AUGCAUUUCAAGGUUCCGAUCCGCCCUGACACCGUCGGCACUGUCCGCGUUUGCAAGUAUUGCUCCGUCGAGUUCAAGGGUGGUGCGUUUCGAUGCGCUCAGCAUCUCGCGAAAUGGAAGGGACAGAAAACGCGCGACGUCCGCCUGUGCGCGAAGGCUCCGUCUGACGUGCGAGCGGCGGUGCGCGCGCAUUACGAGAAGAAAUCAUCCGGCCGCGACGAAAAGAGGAGGGCCGAGGAGGCUGCGCUCGAAGCUGUCGUGGGAGGUUCUAAGAAAGGACGCAUCACCGACUUCAUUGGCGACGAGCAGAAAUGCAAGAACGAAGAGGCGAACAACUCCGUCUGCUUGUUCUUCGCCGGCUGUCGCAUUCCCGCACAUCACGCCGACAACCCAUUGUGGCGCAACAUGGUGCGGGCCAUUAACAACGCAGGCCCCGGUUAUGUCGCGCCGCGCCGUAACUACGUGGGAGGGUAUGGCCUGAAGCUUUGCCGCACGGGCAUCGAGAGGGGGCUUCAGCCAAUCGCCGCGAGCUGGAAGAGGGAUGGCGUCACCGUCUCGUCGGACUUGAUGACCGAUCGGUGCGGGAGGCCGCAGGCGAACGUGAUGCUCAUCAACGACUCGGGAGCAGUGUUCGUCGAGGCAAUUGACUGCAACAUGGAGUCAAAAACCGGCGGCUUCAUCGCUUCCAUUCUCCGCCCCAUCAUCGAGAAAAUAGGGCCCGAAAACGUGGUCGCUCUUUGCAUGGACGGGGGCUCCAACUACGGGGCCGCCUGCAAGGAGCUUAUGGCGGAAUGGCCGCACAUCGAGUACGUGCCGUGCGCUACGCACGUGCUCGACCUCCUCAUGGAGGACGUUGGGAAGAUCACGUGGGCGAAGGAGAUUGUGGAUCGGUGCGGGGACAUGGUCAGUUACGUUCGUAACCACCAUUUCACCCGCAAUUACCUGAGGAGUGGGGCGGUAAAGGGAGGAAAGGGGAAGCAGCUUGUGAAGCCGGCGGGGACCAGGUUCGGCACCAACUUCAUCUCCCUCUCAAGGCUGUGCGAGCUGCGGUCUUCGUUGUCGACCUUGGUGCUGAGCGAGGAGUACGGCAACUGGGGGAGCGGGGCAAGGAAGCUGACGGCAGAUAAUUUCCGCGGCCAAGUCAUGGACGACGAGUGGUGGAAGAAAGGAACUUACCUCGUGGAGCUGCUGGCGCUUCCGUUCAAGGUGAUGCGGGCCACGGAUAGCAGCGCUAAGGGCAUGAUGGGCACCAUCUAUGACCACAUGCUCCAACUGACCGAGGACAUGAACACCAAGGUGGAUGCGGGGGACAAGUUUCUGACGCGGGCGGACGCGGAUAAGAUAAGGAAGAUCGUUAAGAGCCGUUGGGACGAGAGCCUCGCUUGCGCGCUUCACGUCGUUGGCCGGAUCCUGAACCCAGCAAAUCAGGAAGAGGGUAUAUUCCGCAACGAUGUGGAAUGUACCCGCAUCUUCAAGGCGUUCAUCGCGCGCCACUACGACGGCAAGACCUUCACCAACAAGGACGGUGAGGAGAAGCGGGCCUCUCUUGUUUUGCAGGAGGGGCUCACGGCCUUCAUCAACCUGGAGGGAUCCUUCGGCCUCCCUGAGGCAAUUGCCGACAGGGAGGCCGUGAAGGCAGGCAAGCAAUCGAUGGUGGCGUGGUGGGGAUGGCACGGGACUGACCACCCCCACCUGGCCAGUCUUGCGUGCCGUUCCCUGACACAGCCGGUGUCAGCCUCGCCGUGUGAGCGCGGGUGGGCAUCGUGGGAGUCGGUGCAUACUGCCCGCCGCAACAAGCUAGGCUCGGAGAAACUCCGGGACCUAGUUUAUGUGGCCCACAACUGGCCGGUGGUCCACAAGUACCACAAGCUUGGUGAGUCACUGGCGGUGCUUCCGGGCAACAUCCCUGCUCCCCCUCUGCCGGAGGGAUACCAGGAGGAGGAGGAAGGGGAGGAGGAGGAGGAGGAGGAGGAGGAGGAGGAGGAGGAGGAGGAGGAGGAGGAGGAGGAGGAGGAGGAGGAGGAGGAGGAGGAUGAGGCCGUGCUGGCCGAUGAGUACGUAGAGGGUUCAAUGAUCCCCACUGGUGGUGGGUGGGGCAGGGGGGCAUGGCACACGGGCAGCAGCGGCACGCACAGAGGUAGCGGAGAGAGGGCGGGCGUGGGGAAAGGUGAGAAGGCGACUAGGGAUGUGGUGGUGAGAAGCGGUGAGACCGCCUCCCCACCCCUCCCACCGUCCCCCCUGGCACGCACCGGUGCCCUCCGCACUGCUGAGCGAGCGCACGAAGAGCCCCCUCCCCCUUCUCACCCCGCCACCCCUCCCACUCUCCCUCCCUCCUCCAUCCCACGCACCGGUGCCCUCGGAGCUACUGAGCGAGCGCACGAAGGCUUUGCCCUGGUCAACGCUGUUGGAUUGGAUGGUGCUGUUGGAUUGGAUGGUGCUGUUGGAUUGGGUGGUGCUGUUGGAUUGGGUGGUGCUGUUGGAUUGGAUGGUGCUGUUGGAUUGGAUGGUGCUGUUGGAUUGGAUGGUGCUGUUGGAUUGGAUGGUGCUGUUGGAUUGGAUGGUGCUGUUGGAUUGGAUGGUGCUGUUGGAUUGGAUGGUGCUGUUGGAUUGGAUGGUGCUGUUGGAUUGGAUGGUGCUGUUGGAUUGGAUGGUGCUGUUGGAUUGGAUGGUGCUGUUGGAUUGGGUGGUGCUGUUGGAUUGGAUGGUGCUGUUGGAUUGGAUGGUGCUGUUGGAUUGGAUGGUGCUGUUGGAUUGGAUGGUGCUGUUGGAUUGGAUGGUGCUGUUGGAUUGGAUGGUGCUGUUGGAUUGGAUGGUGCUGUUGGAUUGGAUGGUGCUGUUGGAUUGGAUGGUGCUGUUGGAUUGGAUGGUGCUGUUGGAUUGGAUGGUGCUGUUGGAUUGGAUGGUGCUGUUGGAUUGGAUGGUGCUGUUGGAUUGGAUGGUGCUGUUGGAUUGGAUGGUGCUGUUGGAUUGGGUGGUGCUGUUGGAUUGGGUGGUGCUGUUGGAUUGGGUGGUGCUGUUGGAUUGGGUGGUGCUGUUGGAUUGGAUGGUGCUGUUGGAUUGGGUGGUGCUGUUGGAUUGGAUGGUGCUGUUGGAUUGGAUGGUGCUGUUGGAUUGGAUGGUGCUGUUGGAUUGGAUGGUGCUGUUGGAUUGGAUGGUGCUGUUGGAUUGGAUGGUGCUGUUGGAUUGGAUGGUGCUGUUGGAUUGGAUGGUGCUGUUGGAUUGGAUGGUGCUGUUGGAUUGGAUGGUGCUGUUGGAUUGGAUGGUGCUGUUGGAUUGGAUGGUGCUGUUGGAUUGGAUGGUGCUGUUGGAUUGGAUGGUGCUGUUGGAUUGGAUGGUGCUGUUGGAUUGGAUGGUGCUGUUGGAUUGGAUGGUGCUGUUGGAUUGGAUGGUGCUGUUGGAUUGGAUGGUGCUGUUGGAUUGGAUGGUGCUGUUGGAUUGGAUGGUGCUGUUGGAUUGGAUGGUGCUGUUGGAUUGGAUGGUGCUGUUGGAUUGGGUGGUGCUGUUGGAUUGGGUGGUGCUGUUGGAUUGGGUGGUGCUGUUGGAUUGCAGUGCUGUGCAAAAGCAGGGCGUAGGGGCACGAAAUGGCAGGGUGUUCAGAUGACAGGAGAAGGGGGCGGGGAAAGGGGGGGUGCCGGGAGGAGGGGGAACUAG